AUGGCGCCGCCGCCGCCGCCGGGAGCAGCGGGGACCCGGCCGGAGCAUUACACAGACAAGCCCCUGGAGAAGCCCCUGAAGCUGGUCCUCAAGGUUGGAGGAAGUGAAGUGACUGAGCUUUCAGGGUCUGGGCACGACUCCAGUUACUACGAUGACAGGUCAGACCACGAGCGCGAGCGACACAAAGAAAAAAAGAAGAAGAAGAAAAAGAAAUCGGAGAAGGAGAAGCACCUCGAUGAUGAAGAAAGAAGGAAAAGGAAGGAAGAGAAGAAGCGGAAACGGGAAAAGGAGCAUGGCGACACGGAGGGAGAGGCCGACGACUUUGAUCCUGGGAAGAAGGUGGAUGUGGAGCCGCCCCCUGAUAGGCCCAUGCGCGCGUGCCGGACACAGCCAGCUGAGAACGAGAGCACACCUAUUCAGCAACUGUUAGAGCACUUUCUCCGCCAGCUCCAGAGAAAAGAUCCUCAUGGAUUUUUCGCUUUUCCUGUCACGGAUGCAAUUGCUCCUGGAUACUCAAUGAUAAUAAAACAUCCUAUGGAUUUUGGCACAAUGAAAGACAAGAUUGUAGCCAAUGAAUACAAGUCUGUCACAGAAUUUAAGGCAGAUUUUAAGCUGAUGUGCGAUAAUGCCAUGACCUACAACAGGCCGGACACUGUGUACUACAAGCUAGCCAAGAAGAUCCUUCACGCGGGCUUUAAGAUGAUGAGCAAAGAGCGGCUGUUAGCUUUGAAGCGCAGCAUGUCGUUUAUGCAGGACAUGGAUUUUUCUCAGCAGGCAGCUCUUCUGGGCAAUGAAGAUACAGCCGUCGAGGAACCUGUUCCUGAAGUGGUACCCGUACAAGCAGAAACUGCCAAGAAAUCCAAAAGGCCGAGUAGAGAAGUCAUCAGCUGCAUGUUUGAGCCAGAAGGAAAUGCUUGCAGCCUGACGGACAGCACGGCGGAGGAGCAUGUCCUGGCCUUGGUGGAGCACGCAGCCGACGAGGCUCGGGACAGGAUCAGCCGGCUCCUCCCAGGGGGCAAGAUGGGCUAUCUGAAGAAGAACGGGGACGGCAGCCUGCUCUACAGCGUGGUCAACACGGCUGAGCCGGACGCCGACGAGGAGGAGACCCACCCUGUGGACCUGAGCUCGCUCUCCAGCAAGCUGCUCCCGGGCUUCACCACGCUGGGCUUCAAAGACGAGAGAAGGGGCAAAGUGACGUUUCUCUCCAGCGCCACCACCGCGCUGUCAGUGCACAACAAUUCCGUAUUUGGCGACUUGAAAUCGGACGAAAUGGAGCUGCUGUAUUCUGCCUAUGGAGACGAGACGGGUGUGCAGUGCGCGCUGAGCCUGCAGGAGUUUGUGAAGGAUGCUGGGAGCUACAGCAAGAAAAUGGUGGAUGACCUCCUGGACCAGAUCACCGGUGGGGACCACUCACGAAUGCUCUUCCAGCUGAGGCAGAGGAGAAAUGUUCCAGUGAAGCCUCCAGACGAAGUGAAGGCUGGGGACUCGCUGGGCGACGGCAGCUCCGUCCUGGACUUCAUGUCGAUGAAGUCCUACUCUGACGCCUCUUUGGACAUCUCCAUGCUCGGCUCUCUGGGGAAAGUGAAGAAGGAGCUGGAUGCUGACGACAGCCACUUGAACUUGGAUGAGACAGCGAAGCUCCUGCAGGAUCUGCACGAGGCACAGGCAGAGCGCGGGGGCUCCCGGCCGUCCUCUAACCUCAGCUCUCUGUCCAACACCUCCCCCUCCGACAGGGACCAGCACCACCUGGGAAGUCCUCGCCUCAGUGUUGGGGAGCAGCCGGAGGUGACCCAUGACCCGUACGAAUUCCUUCAGUCUCCAGAGCCUGCAGCUUCUACGAAGAGCUAGCCUUGUAGUCUUCCAUUAUUUUUUUAAUUUUUUUAUCUGCAUGUACAGAGUUUUUGUCUUGAGACAAAGACUUUCCUUUUGUCCCCUUUGGCGAGCGGGAAGCAGCCCCGGGGAGGUGGUGAGUUGUGUCUGAUAUCAUGUCGGCCGUGCUCAGAUCCAGCGUUUCUGUGCACAGCCCUGUGAAUCCUGAAUAGUGGAGAUCACACAGAACGGUGUGUGGCCGAUGCGGUCGAGCCGGUGUGUGUCUGAGCUUCGCGCUGUCUGUAAAGCCCAUCCGCGCGGCUGGCCUGGACACACCUUCCUGCCCCAGCGCCCUUCCUGAGAGCCCCUUGGGAAGCAGAUGUACCCAUGGCAGGGUUCCUGCCUGUUCUCUGCCCUGCCUGCCCCCCACGCCCCUGCGUCUCCGAGGGAGGUCAUGGGGGGCUGCACCCUCCUGGCCCGGGACAGGCUCCGUGCUCCUGUUUCCUGUGCUGGUCAAGGCCUGCCUUCUGCUGGAAGACCACAUUGCCUCCCAGCCACGGCCACGUGCUGUGUCUGGAGACCUUUCUGUCCCGAUGUGUUUACCGGAUGCCUGUUUACAUUUGCGGAACAGAGAUCUCAAUAAAAACACAGAGUGAUUG